CCGAGGGCUGCCGUCUCUGUCCGGUUCCGGGGCGGCGGGACGCGGGCUGCGCGCGAGAAGGUCGCCACUUGCAGUCCCCCCUGCAGGUGUUUCUGGAACGUCCUGCCCGAUUGUGCAAGCUUCUGCUCCCCUGGGCUCUCUCUGGUCUUGUCCUGCGUGUGGAAGGCGCUUGUUCCGUCUGCCGCCUAGCAGCGGUGCAGGUGUGCCUUAGGGACGGACAUGCCGACCGCCAAACAGCUAGCUGACAUUGGCUACAAGACCUUCUCUGCCUCCAUGAUGCUCCUCACCGCCUACGGGGGCUACCUGUGCAGUGUCCGGGCCUACCGUUAUUUCCAGCUGCGCAGCCUGCGGCGCCAGGCCGCGGAGGAGCAGAAGCCCUCGGGAGCGCUGUAGAGCUGGGGCCCUUGCCGCGAGCAGGGAGGCCAGGUGUCCUGUGGAAGACCUGCAGGAGAACCACGGCCUGAUGGUCCUGCCCUGCUGGGAGGAAGAGCAGUGGUGUCUUGGGGCCUGCCAGUUUGUGCCAGUUUCACAUGGAUUGUAGAGACUGUAAGGGUUCAGUACGCGUACAGACAUUAAAUGUUUAGUCAUGG